AUGAAACAGCGAGAAAAGAGGAAACAUCUGGAAAAUAAUGAGUCCCAGGAAACUGGCGAGCAGGGAGGAGGAAUCUCGAAGUCACAAGAGGAUGACUCUCAGCUUGGAUCAAUCACGGUGGCCAAAGGCUGUGGCCCAGGGGUAGGAGAGGUCUCCUCUUCCUCCGACUACUUCUCCUGUGUUUCUUCUCCGAACAAGCUCAUCCAUGGUGGAAUCCAGAGAUUACAUCGAGACAGUCCCCAGCCGAGAGCGACCCUAGGCCAGGUUCAGGAACAAGAGGAGACUGCUGCCUUCUUACCACACGUCUCCUUGUCAUACCCUUCAUCCUAUAAGACCUGUGUCACCUCUCCGUAUAUAAACAAAGGGGAAAGGGGCAUGAAAAUAUACUACAUGCAGGUACAAGUGAAAAAGGGUGUGGCUGUCUCCUGGGAGUCAGAGGAAAUCUCAGAGUCACUGAAAAAGAAGCCGAAGAUGGAAGAAGUGAACCUUCCUGCGGACGUGCGGGUGGGUACUCCCCCCUCUGCCGUGUCCACCAGAAACCUCCUGUCUGACAGCGAGCCCGGCGGGGAGGCCAAAGAGCAUGAGGAAAUAGCAGAGCCAGACUGCCCGCCAGGGCUGCCCGCGGCUGAGGACAGACCCAGGGCCAAGACGCCUGACUGGCUGGUGACUAUGGAGACUGGCUUCAGGUGCAUGGCCUGCUGCCGGGUCUUCUCCACCCUGGAGAUCCUCAAGGAGCACGUGCAGUUCGGGGUCAGGGAGGGCUUCAGCUGCCACGUCUUUCAUCUCACCAUGGCUCAGCUGAGGAGAAGAGUGGAAUCAGAGAGCAUCCAGGAGAAGGAGGAGGAGGAGGAGGGGCACAAGGAUGAAGAGGAGGGGAAGCAAGGAGAGGAAGAAGAGGAGGAGCAGCCCACGGGGUAA